GGAAGCCUGAGAGCAGGAUCUGUGUGUGAGUGAAUACUGCUUUUGGAUAGAACUGACUUGUCUGAGAGAGGCUGUUGGAUACUGGGAUUUUUGGCUAUGCAGGCUUGUUUAUAGUACCUUACUAUAUAUGUUGUUUCAUAUGUGGCUCAUGUUUGCUCAAUUUUUUGUUUGUGAUAGAAUCUAUUAGAAAUUGUAUUGUGGGUUGUGUAUCAUGAGAUUAGUGUAUUUGUAUUAGAACUUGUAUUGAGGGUAAUGUUUUAUUAAUUUAUUCUAUUACUCAAGAAAUAUAUUUGCUGUUAGUUGGUGUUAAAUAUCCACCCAAUUCUUAAUUAGAAUUUCUGCACAAAGCCUUCUACUCUUGAUAAUUAAUAUUUUCUAUUAUUGUCAAAAGCCUUGUAAUUAACUAUAUAUUUAAACAUGUUUCUUUAAUAGUUUCCUUCCCAUGUUUUCUUAAUAUUUUAGUUUAAGUCUUUUUGGGUUUUUUUAAGGGUAAUGUGAAUACACAUACACUGUCUCAGUUGACAAUUUCUCAUAGCUGUUGAAUAGCUAAAUUUUAGUUUCAUGCAUGGAUAUUAGAACACUUAUCUGAAGACAUAACAGAGACGGCUAGAAAGAAGCUCACACACAGCCAUGCUUCAGUUUUGGCUCCUGUUUGCGGUCAAUUUAACUGUGUGCCUCAUUAGUGAGGCACAUGUCCCUGCAAUUGUUCGGUAUCAUAUUUGGGAGGAGCAGCCAGCAGGCACAAAGGUGGGUCGCCUGUUGGAUGAACUACGUCAGAGGGGUGAGACCGGGUCAUUGGAGGACUUCCGGGUUGUGGAGCAUGGACAGGCUCUGCCAUUCAUAGUAGCCACAAGAGAUGGGGAGGUGUCAACACUGAGCCAGCUGGACCGGGAGAAUCUGUGCCAUGGGGAUGACCACUGCGAACUGGAAUUUAACGUGCUCUUUAGGAAGGGUGGAGCUGUGCACUUCCUUCGUGUGAGAGUGGAGGUGAUGGAUCUAAAUGACCACAGCCCUGCCUUCUCCAAUCCUGUGCAGGAGGUGGAGAUCUCGGAAACAGUGGGACUGAGGAUGCGGAUUCUGCUUGAUCGUGCUGAGGAUCCAGAUGCAGGUCCCAAUGGCCUGCAGACUUACUCUCUUUCUCCCAACCAGCACUUUGCUCUGGAUGUUCGUCCUUCUGGAGGUACCAAACAGCCAGAGUUGGUAGUUAUCAAAGAACUGGACAGAGAGAGACAAUCAUUUUUUGAGUUAACACUUGUAGCCUGGGAUAAAGGGAAUCCACCCAAGUCUGGGAGCACCAAGGUCCAAGUUAUAAUCCUGGACUCCAAUGAUAACAGCCCUGUGUUUGAGGAGAGUGCUCUGAAAGUGGAGCUUCCUGAGGAUACAGUGCGUGGCACAGUAAUUGUCAACCUUCAUGCUACUGACCCUGACCAAGGAGCUAACGGGGAGGUUGAAUACUCACUCAGUAAACAUGCUCCGUUAGAGGUGCAAAGGCUUUUUACUGUUGAUCCUCAAACAGGUUCAGUGGCCAUAAAAGGCCCCUUGGAUUUUGAGGAGAAACAAACCUAUGAGGUAGACAUCCAAGCCAAGGAUCGGGGGCACAAUGCUAUACCAUCUCACUGCAAACUGCAAAUUAGGCUUCAAGAUAUUAAUGACAAUGCCCCUCGGAUACACGUUACGUGGACACCUCCAGAUUCCUCUAUGGCUACUGUCUCAGAGGGAGCCUCAGAUGAGACCUUUCUGGCUCUUGUGAUGGUGUCUGAUGCUGACUCGGGGUCAAAUGGGGAAGUGCAGGCCUAUAUUCAGCAUGGAUCAGGCCCAUUCCUUCUCAAGCAAAUCCAUGGAGACAACUACAUGAUUGUUACUAAUGGGAGCCUAGAUCGGGAGCAGCAGAUGGAGUACAACAUCACUCUUUUAGCGCGAGACAAUGGAGUUCCUUCUCUCUCUUGUGUCAGGCACCUGACUGUUCGUGUACUGGAUGAGAAUGACAAUGCACCAGUAUUUUCAAAGACUCACUACAAGGGUGUCUUCAAAGAGAAUAAUGUACCUGGAUACCAUGUCUUGACUUUAAAGGCUCAUGAUGCUGACCUAGACCUCAGUGGAAGGGUGUCAUACUCAAUUAGAGAGUCUAAUGAACUGGGAACUGCAACUGCAUCAUUCUCUGUCCACCCCACCAGUGGGGCUGUUAUUGCCCAAAAGUCAUUAGACUAUGAAGAAUCACCCACAUACUCCUUUAUAGUGGAGGCGAUAGAUCAUGGCUACCCUCCACUGACCAGCAGUGCCACAGUAAUUAUUGAGGUUCUGGAUGUUAAUGACAACCAUCCUGUCAUCAAUGAACCACUUCCUAAAAAGGGUAUUGCAGUGGUUAGUGUACCAGUUAACGCUGAAAAGGGUGAAAUUGUGGCUGAAAUUGGUGUCAAAUUUCAUGGAACCCUGCAUCCAAAGAGAAAUCAUUCUUCUCACCACAGGCCUGAGGGUUUUCUGGCCACGACAAUUCUGGCCAGUGAUCCUGACUCUGGUCUCAAUGGAAGGCUCUGUUUCAGAAUUGCAGAUGGAAACCCCUCCAGGCUGUUUUGGUUGGAUGAAACGACAGGUCAGUUAUAUGUGAACACCACUAAUGCCACAGAAUUGAUAGGCAAAGCUUUUAAAUUGGCCAUUGAAGUAUCAGACAUGGGAACACCCACACUUGUCACGAGGACAACCCUGGAGGUCACAUUCAUAAAUCUUCGUGACCACCUUAAAAAUUCUUCUCCUGGACAUCAUGCUCAGUUCAGCUUCACAGUGCUUUUAGCUAUCUGCUUAGGAGGAACUUGCUUGCUAUUGCUCUUAACUGUGGCUCUGGUUACCACCUUCUGUCGCCCAGAAAAACGAGACAACCAUGCUUACAACUGCAGACAAGCUGAAUCGUCUUACACCAGCCACCCCCGCAGACCACAGAAGCACAUUCACAAAACUGACAUACAGCUGGUACCUGUCCUAAGGGGUCGGAGAGAUGACCCACCCAACGAUGAGGCCCAGCCCCUCACAGCUGAGCCGCCUCUGCCGGAAGACGCUCGUCCACAGGGCCAGCUGAGUCUUUCGCCCCUGCUUGCGCGCAUGGCACAAAGCCAGGCUCGUCAAGAGAAUGAUGGGACCCUUUCAUUCACACAGAGCAAGACACUAAGGAAACCUGGGAGUAUAGACUUAGACUGUUCCCAUACUCCUGCAUCACCCUACCGAACCCUACGCAAAGCCCGAAAUCCUUCUGCCUCCUCAUCCUCACACUCUCAGACCAGCACACUGAGACGCAACAAGCCUGAAGAGGUCAUCACCCCCACUGUCCCCUUACAAGUUAGUGCCUCUGAGCCUUUUUCACAGGCCACCCUGCGGAGGCAAAAGAACUCAGAAAGAAAUGGAAGGCUAGAAGAACAAGACCACAGACAGAUACUGAGGAACCUGGUGCGGUUGUCCAUGGCUGCUCUUGGAGAUAAUUCAAUCGAGCUCUCUUCUGCUUCACCUGAAGUGCAGCAGGUGUCACAGCUGUUGUCUCUUCUGCAUCAGGGGCAGCUUCAACCUCGACCAAAUUUCCGUGGAAACAAAUAUUUCCACCGAUCUGGCCGGUCUGGAGUGCAGGAUGCUGAUUGGCUGAGUACCAAGGACAGUGGGCAUGGGGAGAGUGAGCCCGGGGACGUGGACUGGGAGGCAGGCAGGGAGUCUCCCGUUGACCCGCUCCUGGAGGAAGGCCUCAAGAGCCUGCUCAAUAACCCUGAUGAUGUGUUCACAGACGUCCCUGACCCUGCGUGGAUGGCACGACUCUCACUUCCACUCACCAGUGACUAUCAUGAAAACCUUUAUGUCCCUGAUGGGCUGCCAUCCCCAGAUGGCCAGGGCCCUACCUUGGGCAGCCCUGAUGACUCAGCCUCCUUCUCCACCUUUGGUAAGACACCCGAAAAUAGUAGCCCAUUGGGAGGUGAAGCCCUGCUGUCUGAAGUGAGCACUCUGUUCGAGAUGCUGCUGACCCAGAAGGCUGAUGCCCAGCCCCGUCCACCAGCCGACAUUCUCUACAGACUCUCCACAGCCUAUCGCCGAUCCCUUGGCCUGGACAUGCCCCCUGGUGGGGGCUCCUCGUCCAUGCAUCAUCCAGGCCCAAAUGAAAAACAGCACACAAUGCACUAUGCAACUCUAAACCAUUAAAACCUUGGCAACAUAUGUACAGUGUGAACUUAGUGCUUCCCUUUCUGUUGCCAGUGUAAUUUCUUACACUGAUCAUCUCUGUGUUCUGCACACUGAUAAGCUUGGACUUCCAAACUGCUCAAAGCCAUUGUUGGGGUUUGUGAACAGCUCUUUUGAAUACAUGACCAUCAGUCACUCAGCCAGGACUGGCUAGCCCUGGCUAAUGUCAAGACAGCACACAAUAAUCCCUGUCACAUUGGCCAUAAACUUUAUGCACUAUGAGCAGCAGACAUACACUGAGAUGGGGGAGGAGUGACCCACAUGGACAAGGAAAUGGGCCUUUGUGCCCUUUUAAGACUAAACACAAACAGAACGAGUCCUGUCUCUAAGGAGGAAUGUGUGAAACUUUGCUACCACAAUGGACCAUAAGCAACACCACUUCCUGUGACCAGACUCUCAGAGGCCAGACUCUGUAACCUAUCGAUUAUUAUUCCUUGUCUUUUGUAAAUAUACCAAUAAACAAAAAAGACAAUAUAUGGAGAUUCCAGGGGGAUUCUAAGCAAUAUAUUUACUACAGACUUAAUACAAUUUAUUUUUUAUUUUUUGUCAGGGCUGGCAUAAAUCUAUCCCUGAACAUUUUGAAGAACACAUUCAAGUUGCUGCAGCUAUAAUUUAACUGGCAAUUUCCUGUUGUUUGUAGGGAAAGGAGGGACAGGGAUGGGGCGGCACAGGGACACACACACACACACACACACACACACACACACACAGACGACACACAGACAUCAAAACAUUAAUUUUCCAGAUUAAAUAUGUGAACUAAUUAGGAAAGGUGCUAUAAGUUAUUGAUUAUGAAACCUCAAGACUUAAGAUGUAGUUUUUUUUCAGUAUACAUUACUUAGGAAAUGUUCGUUUUUUUUUUUUACC